GCGUGGCCGAAGGGGGCGGGGGGCGGCGACGGUCUGGGGCCCCUUUGUUCGGACGGGCGGGAGAAGAGCGAUUGCAGCGGGGCGGGAGUCUUUUGUGAGCUCCGCCGGACGAGAGUAUAGCGUGUGCUGAGCCAAGAUGAGCUGGAGUUUCCUCACCCGCCUCCUUGAGGAGAUCAACCAGCACUCGACCUUUGUGGGGAAGGUGUGGCUGACUGUGCUAAUUGUCUUCCGCAUUGUCCUGACGGCGGUGGGCGGCGAGUCCAUCUACUACGAUGAGCAGAGCAAGUUUGUGUGCAACACGCAGCAGCCGGGCUGCGAAAACGUCUGCUACGAUGCCUUUGCCCCGCUUUCGCACGUCCGCUUCUGGAUCUUCCAGAUCAUCAUGAUAGCCACGCCCUCAGUGAUGUACCUGGGCUUUGCGUUGCACCGCCUCUCGCGCCAGCCGCCUCGAAAAAGCCGCGCCCCCGUGGUGCACCGCGGCGCCGUCCGCGACUACGAGGAGGCCGAGGACAAUGGCGAGGAGGACCCCAUGAUCUUUGAGGAGGUGGAGCCCGAGAGGGAGGUGAAGGAGCCCGAGAGCCAGAAGCACGACGGCCGCCGGCGCAUCAAGAAGGACGGGCUGAUGACGGCGUAUGUGCUACAGCUGCUGUGCCGCUCGGCGUUUGAGGUGGGCUUUCUGCUGGGGCAGUACGUGCUGUACCGCUUCGAGGUCAUGCCCUCGUACGUCUGCACCCGCAGCCCCUGCCCUCACACAGUGGAUUGCUUUGUCUCCCGCCCCACGGAGAAAACCAUCUUCCUCCUCAUCAUGUACGCCGUGAGCGGCCUUUGUCUCCUGCUCAGCAUCUGUGAGCUGUUUCACCUGGGCUUCGGCGGGAUUCGGGAUGCCCUGCGCGGCCUUGAUAGUAAAGAUGGUGGUGACCCCCCCAGGUCCCAGUAUGUCCAGAAGCAUCCCAGUGCACCCCCGACCUACCAUUCUAUCAAGAAGGACACCUCCAAGAGACAGCUAGCCAAGGACAAGCUGGGCUACGGUGGAGAGAGCUUGGCUGGGCUGGCUGCCGACCGCUAUGCUGUCGCACCGACCGUCCCGAGCCAUGAGUUGGAGCGACUGCGCAAACACCUCCGGAUGGCACAGGAGCACCUAGAAAUGGCCUUCCACCUGCAGCCGGAGGACACGGCCAGCCCCUCUCGUAGUAGCAGCCCCGAGUCCAAUGGGCUGGCUGCAGAACAGAACCGCCUCAACUCAGCACAUGAGAAGGAAGGCGCAGCCUGUGAGCGACCGACUGGCCUCUGAAGUACUGGGCCUCACUGGGCAGCUGCACAGAUGACAACAGGAAGUGUCUGUGGAGAAUUGGCAGUGUGUGAAUGUCUGCUCCUAGCCUGAAGUUUGGAAACGCCUGGACAGAGUGGGCGGAGGGACGAGGAUGUUCUCUGACUUUUGUUGGGUUGAGGGCAAGGAAGGGAAAUGAUGGAAGCCUCCUCAUCCAUGCCUCCUGAGGGGCACGUUUGGAAGUCUAGCUCCAUGUAUGUAUGUAUGUGAGUGUGCGAGUGUCUUUUUUUAAAAAGGUUCUAAAAGGGACACUAUUUUUUUUACUUUUAUACAUGUGGUAAAGGUACUAUUUUGUUCUCUUCCUCUGCUGAUUGUCUCCUCUUAGGAGGGAUUUUCAUGUUUUCUCUAGUCUAGCCUUCAUCAACAUGGAGUCUUCCAUGUAUUUUGGACUACCAACUCCCAUCAGCCCCCAGCCAGCAAGGCCAUGGAAGUUGAUAGUCCAAAACAUCUGGAAGACUCCAGGUGACAAAGGCUGCACUAGUGGGACAGGGAUAGGCAGCUAUAUAGCAGCAUUCACUGUUUUUGUUGGGGUUUACUGUAUAGGGGGGAGAGCAGAAAGAGGAAUGAGAUGACCACAACUUUCCUGUCUUCUCUACACAGCCGCACACAACCUGGUCAUCUCUUUCUCUUGCCCUCUCCCCCGACACCAGAUUUUGCAAGCAGUUGGUGGUUGGGCCAAAGAUAAUUGUACUACAUUCCAAGAUGCCAGUUUCUAAACGGCAUCUGCCUUCCUGCCCUCUAUGGGGUGCCGUGCUGGGUUCCCCACUGAAUUGCAACGGGACCCAAGUCACGUUUUGAUCAUCUCAGCGAUCAACAUGAAUUGUGUUUGUAUUUUUUGUCUUUUUAUAAUUUGCGGAAAUAGUUCAUGAAAUUGUGUUUUUUUGCUCUUUUAUAUGAAUAUAUAUAUAUAUUUGGUAUAAAUCAGGAGAUUUGUUUUAUAGGAA